GCGACAAGCUUGUGAGGGCGAUUGUGCGCCGCACCGUCACUACUGCGAAGCUGCCCGUGGCGGACGUCGUCUCCUGGACGAAGGUGCCGCGGAACAAGUACUACAUCGGCUCCCAGGACAGGGUCAAGCGUGACGAGGCCAUCGUGACUGGCAGCAGCAUGGUUGAUGUUGAGACUCUCCGCGACACGGGGGUCCAGUUCAUCCCGGAGCACAUUCUGGAGGACAUCUUGGGCGGCAGCAGCUCUUGCGCAACGCAGAGCGUGGAGGAGUGGAAACUGCUCAGCAAACGACAGCGGCAGCGGCGCAGGGAAGGCUCAUACUGGGGCAACGUCCUCAAGCACAGCAUCUUGCAGCUGCGCCGCCAGUGGUUGAAGAGGCGAUGGGAGGACCACAUGCAUUUCAUGGCACUUAUGGAGGAGUAUUCUGAGGUGGUGGCAAGGGAGCAAGCGUUGCUUGGCAGUGUCAAGGCCCAGCGCCAAGCGAACUCCGACGCAGAAGAAACCCGGAGGACUGUAAGAGUUACAGUGUAUGGUUCGUGA